AUGUUUACAAUUUUAAAACGUGGUAACAUUUAUAAUAGUUAUAAUAAAACUUUGUGUAAAUAUAAAGGAAAUUUUUAUAAUCUUCAAUAUGAACUACCAUCAAAUAAAAGUAUUAAAGGAAAACCUUUUUCAUGUAAUUUAGUUAAAUUUCUUGAUUAUUUUAAUUUUCUUAAUGAAAGUAGUUUUGUUGAUUUAUCUAAAACAACUAUUUCAAAAGUUAAAGUUGUAACAGCUAUUAGUGAAAAUCAUACACUUGAAGUAAGAUCAUUAUUGAAAUCAUUUAAAACAUAUUUUCCUAAAAAAACUAUUAUUGUAUAUGAUUUAGGUUUAGAAAAAAAAUCAACUAAUCAAUUAAAAACAUUAGAAUUUGUUGAAUUAAGACAAUUCAAUUUUUCAAAAUAUCCUAUUCAUGUCUCCACAAUUAAAUCAUAUGCUUUUAAAUUUUUAGUAGUUAGUGAAGUUUUAAAAGAAUAUCCUUCUGUUAUUUGGGCUGAUGCUUCUGUAAGAUUUAAAAAAAAAAAUUUUAUAAAAAGAAUUAGUAAAUUAAUAAAUUGUUAUAAAGGAAAAAGUGAAGAUCAUAAAUUUAAGGAACAAUUAAUUAUUGAGGAAGAGAAAAAAAAUAAAAAUUUUAAAGUUGUUGAAUUGACAAAAUGUAUCUUCUGCCCACUAAAAUAUGAUACAAAGAAAUUUAAUGAAAAAUUGUAUAAAUUUAAUGUAAAUCAUUGUUAUAAAUCUAACAUACUGAUGCACAUUCCAACAUUUCAUGGUAUUUUAGCAUCAUCUCAUGAAAAAUUUUUAGAAUUUAUUCCAACUAACAAAAGUAAAUAUAUUCCUGAAAAAGAAUAUCAACAUGGUGCAGGUUUAGUACUUUUUGUUAGAACCAAAGAUGCAGUUCAAAAUAUAAUGAAAUGGGCUGUACUUUGUUCAUUAACAAAAAAUUGUAUAGCACCAGUUCCAUGGACUUCUUGUUUUGGAAAAUUUAAUCAUAAUAAUUUAUUUUCAAAAACAAACAUUUGCCAUAGAUUUGAUCAAACAUUAUUAACUGUUUUAUUACAUAAUUCAAAUAAUUAUAAUAAUCAAAAUUAUGUUACUGAAAUGUAUGAUUAUGCUAUAUUUAAAAGAAGUAAAAUUAAAUCAUGGAAAAAAUUUAAAAAAAAUUUAUAA